UGCCCCGGCCCCGCCGCCGCCGCUCGCAGCGCCCGAGCCGCCGGCGGAGCGAAGGUGCCGCCGUGCGCGGCCCGCCGGGCGCCGCGGCCUGCGGGCGCCGCUGGUUGGCGACGGGGGGACACGUGAGCGGGGAGGCGGCGGCAGCGGCGGCAGCGGGAGUUUCCCCGACAGCUGGAGGUUGCGGCGGCGGCUCCUCCUCCCCGGGUCCCCGCUAGAGCCCAGAGACCCCCCGCGCUCCUCCUUAUUGACAAACGCACAAAGGGCCGCGCCGGGGCCGGGCCGGGACGCGUCUGGAGCCGGCAUGGGAGACAAGAAGAGCCCGACCAGGCCGAAGCGGCAGCCGAAACCCUCCUCGGACGAGGGGUACUGGGACUGCAGCGUCUGCACCUUCCGCAACAGCGCCGAGGCCUUCAAGUGCUUGAUGUGCGACGUGAGGAAGGGCACCUCCACACGGAAACCUCGACCUGUCUCUCAGCUGGUUGCACAACAGGUUCCUCAGCAAUUUGUGCCCCCUACACAAUCAAAGAAAGAGAAAAAAGACAAAGUAGAAAAGGAAAAAAGUGAAAAGGAAACAACAAGCAAAAAGAACAGUCAUAAGAAAACCAGGCCAAGGUUGAAAAAUGUGGAUCGAAGUAGUGCUCAGCAUUUGGAAGUUACCGUUGGAGAUCUGACAGUCAUUAUUACAGACUUUAAGGAGAAAACUAAGUCACCACCUGCUUCCAGUGCUGCUUCUGCAGAUCAACACAGUCAGAGUGGUUCUAGCUCUGACAACACAGAGAGGGGAAUGUCCAGGUCAUCUUCACCCAGAGGAGAAGCGUCAUCACUGAAUGGGGAAUCUCAUUAAAGUUUAUUUCCUCCUGUUUCUUUAGUCUCUUCAAAACAUGCAAAUACAUAAGUUCUGUCACUUGUUACCACAUUUUCAUGACAGAUUAGUCAUGCAUAAUUGAUCUGUCGACUGGAACAUAUAAUGCAGUUUAAAAAAAGAAAGAAAAAAGUGCAGUGGUAGAAACAAUAACAGCAUGAAGCUGAGUCAGGGGAGGUUUAGGUUAAAUACCACAAAAGGUUUCUCACCCAGAGGGUAGUUGGGCACUGGAACAGAGGCUCCUCAGGUAAGUGGUCACAGCACCAGCCUGACUGUUCAGGAAGUAUUUGGACAAUGCUCUCAGGCUCGUGGUGUGACUCUUGGGGCUCUCUUGUGCAGGGCCAGAAUUUGGAAUUGAUGAUCCUUUUGGGUCCCUUCCAACUCAGCUUAUUGUGUGAUUCUGUAAUAAUUUAAAUGCUAUCUACAAAUGCUUAUGAAGCAUCUUCAACUUUUUAAUCUACAUGUGUAAGGGUGCCAUGAAAAUGUGGUUUGAAUGUUCAUUAUGCAGUGUUAUUGGUAUGUCCGUUUUCACUUUUAGUUUAGUGAAUUCUAACACAACUCUUGGAGUCUCUACUAUUGGCAUGUACUGAAUUUAAAUUUUUAUAACAUAGUUCAAGCUGCCUAAAUAUGUAUUAUUUGAGAAUUGUGAAACAUAGUUAUAUGUAUGCAAGUCAGAGAUCAACUUAAUCAAUUAUUGCUGCAACAGAAUUUUCAUAAUAAUAAUUAUCUUCUUAAAAACACCUGCUGGUACUUGGUGUGGUUAAAUAGGAAAAAUGUUAUUAAAGAAACAUUUGUAUGGAUUUUUGCCAAUGUUUGACACAUUUUACUAGAUUACUGUUACUGAAUUAUGUUGAUGGUUUUACCAAUAUUUUUUGACACUUAAAACACUUAUUGUAAUGUUUACAAGCAAAAUAGAAAACACAUUCUAAGCAUUGAUUAGUUAACCUUGCAAUUCAGGUAAAGUACUGCUUUGUCGCUGUACACUGGUAUUUUGUGUUGUGUAAUGAAUACUGAACCUCAGAUGGUGAUGCAUUUGGCAAAAACUAUUUGAAAAUAUGAAAGUUUGGAAAAGCUUUAAAAAGAACAGAACUACAGUUCUCAUUUCUGCUUAGUGCUGUUUCCUUGCCCCAGAUUUUUCUAGUGUCACAUAGUCACUUAUCAUUUCAGUACAGGAAUAUCAGAUGUUGCACAAAGAUAAGGAAAUAACAAUGCUAUUAUUUUUUUUGGUCCUGAAUCAGUUUCUUUAAUAUUGAAUUGGCCUAUUAGAAUAUAUUAUGUCAUAAAUAAUUUGAAAAAGACUCACUAUCCUACUUUAUGGCAUAAACUGACAACAUUUACGCACUUAGCAAUAUACUGAUAAAGAGCAGAGCUAUUUACAAUACCAUCCGGUAUUAUGUAAAAUUACCAAUAAAAUAUUUUUGUGAAUACAAAUUUUGCAUUUUUGUUUACAACCAAUAAGUGUUUUGAUAUAUACAUACAAUUCAUGUAUAGAUUUUAAAUUAUAUACUCUGGUUCAGUACAAAAGUCCAUUUAGCUCCUUUUAGUGAGGCAGGGCACUUACACUCCUGUGAGCCUUUUCUUUUUCAUUCAAAGUAAAUAUAUUUUUAAGCCUAUGUGAAAAGAUGGACCUUCUUGGUAGUGAAUCCAGCCCCAAAUUAUUACCCACGUAUGAUAUGUCUUCUUAAAGGCUUGAAAACAAUGGAUUUUUGUAGCCCCUGACAAUUGUGAUGUUUGGUGGUUUCUUGUAGUAAUGUAUUUUUCUGUUUUUAAUGCAGUACUUUUACAGGCACAAUGGUACUGUUCUAUUUUGUAAGAUGCUAGUUGUUAAAUACAGUUAGUUGCAUAAAAUGAGAGUCUGAUGUGAUAUCUGAGAACAUACAUACCUCAUUCCUUGGUGUUGCUGUUUAAAAUUUUUAGACAUCAAAUGUUAAUUAUAGGCUAUUUCAGAUGGAUAACUACUGACCUGUUUAUUAUGUAUUCUGCUUUAUCUUACUAAAUAGAAUGUCUGUUCAUUGCUGUUACCUGGCCAAAUUUAGUAUCUGUAAAACAAUGCUUUUUAAGGUUCUUAAAUGUUUUUGGGGCUGGGCUAGUGUUCAGAAUAACAUACACUAGUUUUUAAAAGAAAAAUACAUGCUUCUCAACUUUAUUUUUUUAUAUUUUAUUUUUAGGUGGGACUAUUUUCAGAAUAUACUGAUGUAAUGGAUUACAAAAGAGCUGAAACUCUUUAAAGUAAGCAGUUUAAAGAUAGUAAAUAUCAUUGCAAGAAGUUUUAUGAAAUGUGUUUCUAAUUUGAAAUGUAAUGAAUGCUAACACAUUUCAGAAUUCCUUGCAAAGAAAUAAUAAUCUAUUACCAGUAAUUCAAUAAAUGGAAAAUGUAUUUUUAUUUGUGUGAAUAAACCACCCAGCACU